AGGGGGUAAAAGGGAGUGGAGUGCGCGGUUGUCCGGGGCGGCCAUUGCGGGUACAUUGUGCGAAACCGCGAAUGCAAUUGAGUGCUGUGUGUCGGACGAGUGAAAUUCAAGAAAAUCAAAAAUCGUCCCGAGAGGAAGGUGAUACGUGCGAAGCCCGGGACGCGCACAAAACCCCGGCCCGAUGGCUGAAUCCGACAAACUGAAUAUUGACAACAUCAUAGCUCGGCUCUUGGAAGUGCGGGGAGCCAGGCCAGGCAAAAAUGUACAGUUGACAGAAGGAGAAAUAAGAGGGCUCUGUCUAAAGUCACGCGAAAUUUUUUUAUCUCAACCUAUUCUAUUAGAGCUUGAGGCACCGCUUAAAAUAUGUGGUGAUAUUCAUGGACAAUACUAUGAUUUACUGCGGCUAUUCGAAUACGGUGGGUUUCCACCGGAUAGCAAUUAUCUUUUUCUAGGAGACUAUGUCGAUAGAGGGAAACAGUCCUUGGAAACAAUUUGUCUUCUGCUUGCCUAUAAAAUCAAGUAUCCUGAAAACUUUUUUCUACUUCGUGGAAAUCAUGAAUGCGCAUCCAUCAACAGGAUAUAUGGAUUUUAUGACGAAUGUAAACGUCGAUACAAUAUCAAACUAUGGAAAACAUUUACGGACUGUUUCAACUGUUUACCCGUUGCCGCCAUAGUUGACGAAAAAAUAUUUUGUUGUCACGGUGGUCUCAGUCCGGAUCUCCAAAGCAUGGAACAAAUCAGACGUAUUAUGCGACCAACGGAUGUACCUGAUCAAGGUUUAUUAUGCGAUUUAUUGUGGUCGGAUCCAGACAAAGACACGAUGGGUUGGGGAGAAAAUGAUCGUGGUGUAUCGUUUACAUUCGGAGCCGAAGUUGUUGCCAAAUUUUUACAUAAGCACGACUUUGACCUCAUAUGUCGCGCUCAUCAGGUGGUAGAAGAUGGCUAUGAAUUCUUCGCGAAAAGGCAAUUAGUCACUCUAUUUUCGGCACCAAAUUACUGUGGCGAAUUCGACAAUGCUGGAGCCAUGAUGUCCGUGGAUGAUACUCUCAUGUGCAGUUUCCAAAUUCUAAAGCCAGCUGACAAAAAGAAAUUAACGUACGGUGGCCUGAACGCAGGUAGACCAGUGACGCCCCCGCGAGGUGGAAAUAACAAAAGCAAGAAGAAGUGAAAUCCUUAGAUUUGUUUUUUCACCCCUUCCCCCCUUAUUUGAACGCAAAGCUUAUAACUUCGGAACAACUCCCUCGAAUACCCAUCAUCUUUUAAAACAUUAAGUUUUUGUAAGAGCAAAGAUGUUAUUGUUAUUGUUAUUAUUUUACCUAAUAUCGCUACUAUUAUUGUCAUCUAUUCCCAUAUUAUACACGAAUUUAUCGUAAAUUUCGAUAAGCCGUUUAUAAUGACACAUUAAGUAAUGGAAAAAUCCGGAGGGGCAUUGCUCGUUAAGUAAAAACAACAAACAAAAACCGGACAAGUUCUUUAUUAAUAAGACAGUUGAAAGUUAAUUGAAAAAAGAAAAAUGUUAUCGAAUGUGUGUGUCCGUAAAAGAAAGUUAAAGCCAAGUUCGAUUACUCAAGAUUAGAUUAGAAAUUCUCGACGGCUACUAUAAGAUUCUUAAAAAAGACGAUAAACGACAAGAAUGGUUAACAUCGUAUUCAUUCUUGAGUUUUCGCUAAUAUUAUUUUCGUUCUUUCAUAACUCGAAUAAUUCAAAAACCAUUCGCAACACUGAUUGAAAAAACAUGAUACGAUACAAAAGUACAAGUGAGCUAUAAUAUUUAGUAUAAUACGAUACUAUUGAUAUAACGCCAGAGAUAAGUUUAUUACGCUAACCUUUGCUUCUGUUGGUAUACCUAUAUUACUUUGUCAUCUAGGUUAUCGAUACAUAAUAUCGUCGCCGUAUGUAGACAUUUUCAACGACAGAUAUCCCAGAUGCGGUACGCAAUCUUGGCUUCGUUAUAUUUCUGUAAAUGCACAAAAUUUGUAAACAUACAGAUAUAACUUUCUAGAAGAAAACGUUUUUUGUAGCGUGUGCAACGUUUUUAUAUUUAAAUUUAUACAGGUCAUAAAGGAUACGGUGUACGAGCUGUUUGGUGAAACGCCAAUAAAUUUCGAGCGACAUAUUUUUCUUUUAGAGGAAAAGGAUAGAAACAAAAAAAAAGACAGUGUUGUACAUCUCGCGUUUAUCUCUGUAUUCCAGAGCUGAUUAAGCACGAAUCAAGAACGUCGAUUAUGUAUCCGCGAAGCUUCUCUGGAUUUUGCUUGACGUUAUUACGAUCGCGAAACUUACAGGAGGAAAUCGUAAUAAUAGAUUUAACAUAACAAAAAAAAAAUCAAGCUGUAAAUGUGUAUAACGCAAGUAGCGAAAUUAUGCGAAUAUGCAAUACACAUACGAUCACGAACGGGCGAGAAACAUAAAAAGAAACCCCGAUUUCUAAGGAUUUCAUCGUACGAAUGAUAACGAUCCCACACGGAUCGAAAAAUAAUUUUCUUAGUCUCAUUAACAUUUACACGCUACUAUUAAUUUUGUUCAUUUCUCCACCACGCUCUUCUUCGCGCACCAUGUAGAUCGCAGAAUCCAUUUUCCGAUGAUAAUCGCAUACAAAAGAAAAUCAUUAAGCGUCGUUCAGUAAAAAUCGACGCGCCAACAAACUCGCAACAAACACCGAUUCAUGUUUGCCUCCCUUGUACUUGUACAUUAAUUUCUAUUUUAUAAAUAAAACUCACGAAAAACAUU